AUGCGCGACUCUCUGUCGGAUCGUCUGCUCCGACGCGAGCUGCACGACUCGGCCGGACGUUCUAGAAAGGUGAGGUCAAUCUAUGGCGACAAGAACUGGAUCCGUGAUUUGGACAUUGUGAAUGAGCUCGACGGCCACUCUGGAUGCGUGAACGCUCUCAGUUGGUCCAAAUCAGGUCGUCUCCUUGCCUCAGGCUCCGAUGAUCAGCAUCUCAACAUUCACACCUACCAACCCGACGAUUCCAACUCGCAGUUCAAACUGGCCACGAGCAUCGCCACCGGCCACCGAGCCAACAUCUUCUCUGUCAAGUUCAUGCCUCACUCGAACGAUCGUACCGUCGUAUCGGCUGCUGGUGAUUGUGAAGUCCGCAUUUUUGAUCUGGAAUACUCCGGCGCCACUACAGAAGCAUCACGCGCAUCUGCUAUGGCUUUGAACGGUGCCAAUAGGGGCAUGCGAGGCAAUCUACAAGAUGGAGUACGCCAUCUGAGCGACGGUGAUACAAAUUGCAGAGUCUACCGUUCGCACGGCGACAGGGUCAAGAGAAUCGUCACCGAAUCUUCCCCUCAUCUCUUCCUGAGCUGCUCAGAAGACGGAGAAGUGCGCCAAUGGGAUUUGCGCCAACCGUCAUCCGCCUACCCUUCUCCUUCUAGUAGGUCUGCAUCUGUACCCCCUCCCCUAAUUUCCUACAAACGUUAUGACUUGGACCUCAACACCAUCUCCUGUUCGCCAAGUCAACCUCAUUACAUCGCGCUUGGUGGCGCUCAUCUGCACUGUUUUCUCCAUGACCGCAGAAUGCUUGGUCGUGACAAGCUUGAAGAACGUGCAGCCUCGCCUGCUCUCUCCGCUUCUCAUCUAUCCGACUUGGAUGAGGACGCGCUUGGUCAAGCCACUCGAUGUGUCCGAAAGUUUGCUCCUCGAGGCCAGCGUAUCAUGGCGCAGAGGGAUUCUGGGCAUAUUACCGCUUGUAAGAUCAGUGACGCUUACCCUAACGAGAUAAUAGUCAGUUGGUCUGGUGAUCAUGUCUACAGCUUUGAUCUGGUGCGCAGUCCCGAUGCUAGUCAAACUUCCCGAGAACAUGCCUCAACAGCCCAGUCGAGUAGUCAAAGAGCAAGGGAAAGUAGCGAGAGAAAGCGGAAGAAGAGGACCGCGAGCCAGCUAUCACACUCUCCGGGAGCAGUGUCUCGUGUGCAGCCACGUCAACGAGUCGAGGAACCUACUGCUUUGAGGGUAAGAUAUCACAAUGGUCAAAGUGAAGACAUCCCGAUCGCUCGUGCCGCAAGCCCUGUUUCAUCUCUGCGGGAGAGCGUGAUGACAGAUGGACAGCACAAGGCAUAUCGUCUUGCAAAGACUGUGGUCGAGCUUCGGAGGACAAUGUUCACACUCAACGACCAAGACACACCUACUUCAAGCACGGAUAAGAAGUUGCAUACGACAGAGUUUACCUCAGUGCGAAGCUUAGCUGCCACUAUCUUACCUCAGAUGCAAGAGAUUACUCGGACGUGGCGCUAUCCUGUUGCUCCUGUUCAGGAGGAGGUUUUGCUACAAAGGACGUUGCGCUCUAACAGAGAGUCCGCCUGGCGCUUCGUGCAAGCGUCUGGUGUUAUAGCACGAGCACUCGGAGGACAGUCGCAUACUGCCAGUCAAGAAAUCUUCGACACGCCUCUCUUUGCCCGCAUCAAUCAUGCGCCCAACGAGGGUAACAUUCUUGGCGAACGCGAAAGAUUCGGCUACGACUUCAUCAAAGCCAUCUUCUUGUGGCUGGAUAGUGGACUGGGAGCUUUGAUAGACGGCUUCACCAGGUCAUCCGAUGUUGCUCGAUAUGCCUCUCGUUUGCCCGUACCCAACGAUGCUAGCGCCGAUGCAUUCGAUGAAUGUAUUGCGCCAUAUUUGCUGGCCCAUGCAUCCAGUUCUCCGGUCUGCAAUGUCGAUACUUCGAGAUUUGAGGUGGAUGAGAAUCGAAUCAUCUAUGCAACCGAAACGGAUGCAGUCAGAGCGUUCGUCGACGCAGUCAAAACACCUUUUGCAGAUCUGUCAUCGGACGAUCCCAUGGGAGGUACUCCUGAGUCGAAUCAGAAUCGUAGUGAUGCGUUACUACAUUGGGGGCUCAAGGUUGCCCGAGGCGUUCUCAUGAACGCUGGUGAGGGCGUCAAUUUUGCUUUUGUUGAUAGAGCAUUUGGUGGUCUUGGCACAGGCAACAACGCAGCGGCUCGAGAAGAUGCACGACUACAUGAGAGGCAACGCCGGAUCGACUCUUCUGAUGAUGAGCUCACGGCAGAGUCCAUGGAGAUUGUUGAGGCUUCAUCAGAUUCGCCAUCAGAAGAGGAAGAAGACGUUAUCGCUAUGAGCGACAUCAGAAACAUCCGAGCCGUUAUGGGAGAGAGCAGCGACGAAGAUGAAGAUGAGGACUCUAUGGACGAGGCUGCUACCUUCCCACUCGAUGGACCCGACGAGCAAGACGAUGGAGAUUCGGAAGAUGAAGAGGAAGACGCUGAUGCGAGCCAGGAUGAGAGUGGCCCUGAAGACAGCGACGAAGAUGAGGAGGACUUCCCCAGGCUCAUGUAUCGCAGCGCGCUCGGAAGACGACGUCAGCGUGGGCAAGUCGAGAGAGAAGUCUACUGUUCGCCUCACACCAGAGUGUAUCGAGGCCACUGCAACGUCAAGACGGUCAAAGAUGUCAACUUCUUCGGCUUGGAUGAUGAGUAUGUCGUAUCUGGUUCAGAUGACGGCAACUUUUUUGUCUGGGAGCGGAAGACAGGGCAGCUAGUCAACAUCCUCGAGGGCGACGGAGAAGUGGUCAAUGUGUUACAGGGCCACCCGUACGAGCCCAUGUUGGCUGCCAGUGGCAUCGAUCACACUAUUAAGAUCUUUUCGCCAGACGCAAGAGCGCGUGAAGCUGCCAGGCUUGGAAGUGGUGUUGGAGCAGUGGACAGCUCAACAUUCUCGUCAAUCUCAUGGAUGAGGCGAAGACGACAGAACCGCCAGGCAGGAGCCACGUCAGAGCCUGCGGUAGACGCAGAUGCUGAAGCGCGGAAUGCAGCAGACAAUGAUGAAUAUGUGGCACCUGGCGGGUUGACAAGCAGGAAACGCAUGCACCUGGAGUAUCAAAUCACGUCUCAGAAUGAUGUGGAGCGUCAAGGAGGGAACCAAGAAACUUUCCUCACCAGAAGCAUGCUGGCAUCCUUGGCCCAACACCUCAGAAGGCAAAGGGCUGAGGGAGGUGCUGAGGGAGAAGACGGCGAAGGCGGA